AUGUGUCAGCCAGUAAACCUAGUGUAUGCUUCAAUUUGGUAUCCCCUAUAGAAAAAGCUUUUGACGGGAUGAGUAUGUAUAAACCCACUUCGCCGUUUUAGAUGAUUCGUGAUCUACUCCAUGCGCUUGUCACGCAGGUGAUCACGCAUGCACGAAAUUUUUUCAUGGCCUAAAGCCAAUACAUUCUCCUACUGGAAAAAGAAAUUUGAUCUCAACACAAAGACGUGAACAAAAGCAAAGCCUGUUACUGAAAGCCGUAAAACCAACGACGAUACGGAUCACUUAUCGACGCUAAGCGGCAUUGGGUUAUUUAUGAUUCCGCCUUGUUGAAAUCACACUCAAAAGGUAUGGAUCUAUAUACUGUAUGCUCUGGGAUAUGUAACGGCAAACAGAUUUGACUGCGAGAGGUCGUCGUUAUCUCCAGAAAGCUCUAAUAAGUUAAUGAUUUUUGCAAAUGGGUAGACGCUCGUCACCAACGGGCUCACGGAAAAUGUAUUCAGGCUCUCACACUUUGGAAUUACGAAAAACAGGAAGAAAGACACUCAUCGUAGUCUGUGGCUACUUGUAUUUAAAAAGAAAGAACUCUUCAUUCCGUUUGUUCCAUUCCAUUUGCGCAUCUCCCAUAAGACACUUUUUGUUUGACCCCAAAACUUUGCAUACCCUUUGUUUUUCCUUUUUUCGGGUAUUACACUCAUCCCAAGAGAAAUUGAAGACAAUGCUUUCGCAAAAUUUUGGGGGGUAAACAAGGUGUAUUAUGGGAAAUGUGCAAAUGGCGAAUCCUCGAGAACAAUGCCUCAAAGUCGGGUGAAAGAACCAGAGAUUCACAGAUUAUUUGGAGAAUAUCGAAGGACCAUAAACCGGGGGGGGUGGGGGGAGUCACUUCAGGGAAUCAAAUUAGUUUAACCACACGUUUAGGUUCCUAAAUCUUUUAACUCCCAGGACUGAAAGAAAAAUGACAUCAUAUGUGGUUUAAAUUUUAUUAUCUUAUCUUAACAUGGGCGUUCAUGAAGUACGCAAUUUUAAUUGUUUGUUAAAAAGUACAGGUUUAUUGAUCCUUACAGUGACGUAGAUUUGGUGUUUUAAGGUAGCCUCUCAAAGGAUAGGCCCCUGUCCAUUUAAGUCCCGAGCACCUUGAAACUUCCGAGUUCCAACUUUUGCGUUUACGAAUUGUCUCAAUCUUGUGCUCCUGGGUCAGUGUACCGAUCAUCAAGGAUAACUCUUUAUCUGCACUGCUGCAGUCGAUAACGCAAUUCAGCUGGGGCAGAUUUUUUUGCCGGUCAGUGCAGGUGUAGCUGCAACAAUUCAAAUGAAGCUAUAAUAUUAGCCAUUAUGCCUUUUUGGUCUUUGGGGUCUUUAGUCUUAUACAAGUAUGAUAGCAUAAAAGUGAAAAAACGGUAACUUUUAUCAGUCUUUUCUCACUAAACACAGCCAAUUUCCUGUUUGGUUCAUACUGCGAUGUCAGAGUUUUAUUUAAGGAUGCCUAACUUGGUUGGAGAAAACUCAAAAAAGGGAUGUGUCAAGAUGUGAAUGAAAUCAAGGAAAUAAAAGAAAAACCGUUCUCUGUUGGAUUUGUGUGUUGCCACAAAUCAUAGACGAUUUUUCGAGAAAGACUGCUCUGCAUAAUUUUGACAUUCUGAACAUGUCAGUCAGAAAGGAUCAAAAUUCCGGAAAUGUGCGAGAUAUUUAUCGAACUUCCCGUGCAUGUUGAUAUUUCUUUUCUUCACAACUUAUUACGUAUGUUAUAUGAGGAUUUUUUGUUUUAAGCCUUCUAAAAUGAGGUCAAGUGAAAACAUACCAAUAAUUCAUACUUGGCUCUGAGGUUUGGGGAAUAAAACAAAAGAAAUCAUCUUGAGCCUCAGUAAUGAACAAUGCAUUACUUAUGUUUAUUCCCCCAAGCCUUGGAACCAAGUACGACUUUUAAGUUACCGAAAUUGGCCUCAUUUGCAUGAACUAGUAGACAAUCAUUUUCAUCAAACACUUCGCAAUUACACCCGUUUUUAGUAUGUUCCACGCGUUCAGAUGCAUGUCUGGGGACGGCUCAAUGAAAGAGAUGUGGGUAGGAAAAACAGCGGGGAUGUGCGAGGCCGAGGAAUCCUCUUUCCCUCUUCCUCCCCAGUUAAAAAAAAAUGGUGAGGCCCUUUAUGCCUAUGGAUAAGGCAUAAAGUUUUUUUGAACGGAAAAUUGAUGUGCUUUUACCAGUUUUGAGGAAUUCUGUAAAUCCAGGAAAAUUUAGACUAUAUAAAAUAUAUUCCACCGUCCACUUUCUCUGGGCUAAUUCUGUCGAGUCUGGAUGAUUAACAGGAAUUUGACUCUGAAAAGGUUCGAAUUCAAAUCCUUUCUGCAACAACUUUUAGUCAUUGUGUUAUGUUUACAGAUUAUUGCACCAAACAGCAGGAAUGUUACCAUUGGCAGUUGUUAUCAUUAUUCCUUGGUUUGUCAAUGGGGUGCCUGUGACCAAGGUUCCACAGAAUACCCAACCACCUCUGCCUAAUUCUGAAAUACCCACAGAAGUUGGUUGCAAUGGCUUGGAUGGCAAAUGGUACCCAGCAGGCAGUGAGGUUAGCAGAGGAUCAGAUGGAAAUGGGUGGUGUUAUGGCACUUAUUGUUCACAUGAUGGCAAUUUGAUAGCAUGGGAUGACUGGAAUUGCAAAACAGCUACUACAGGUCCUGUUUGCUCCAGCCCCAUCCCUGUACCAACAUCAACCCCCAACCCCACAACCUCUCCUACACCUUCAUCCACCACAGUACCUCCUCCACUUGGGUGUUUUCAAAACGGUGCAUGGUAUGAACCAGGCAGUGAGAUUAGCCGUGCAUCUAAUGGAGAGGGCUGGUGCCAUGGAAUAUCUUGCGAUGCCAAAGGAAAGAUUGUGGCCUGGGAUGACUGGAACUGCGAAGACACAGAUGAAAACCCAGAAUCCACCACCAAGGAUGAUAAAGGAUGUUACUACAAAAAAAAGUGGCAUCCUCAAGGAAGCAUCUUUGAAGGUUCUGACAGCAAUGGCUGCAGAUAUGGAGUCAUUUGUGGUGAUGAUGGUCAAGUUAUGCGAUGGGAUGAAUUUGACUGUCAUCCCAUCAAGGAGGAUUGAGAACCACAAACUUCUUCCACUUACAAUUAGCCUUGCAAUUUGAUAAGCAAUCAAGCACUUUUACAAGACGGCUAUUACCAUUUGUCCUUUUACCUUAAACAAGACAUACCAUGCAAGAGUAGCUUCCUUUUCAUCAAUAGUUUGCAGACUUAAACAUAAUACACAGAGUUAAGAACAUAGAUUAAAACAACUAUGAUUAUCCUAAUUUUGUCCUGGCUCUAAUAAAUCUGUUAAGCUGGAAUGUUUUUAACAGACUGCUCGUUGAGAGAAUACAGAUUUCUUCAAGCAAAGUGUUUCCAAGUCACUUGGGAACUCCAAAGCACUUUUGACCAAAGAUACUGAGAUUUGAAAGCUGCAAUUUUUAAAGCAAAUCAUUCCAACGUCUUGAAAACUUUCCACAAGGC